AUGCCCAACGUCGUCGUCGUUACCACCGAAUCGGACGACGACGACGACGCCGCCAUCUGGAUACCGCCUGAUGAGGCAGCUGCUGCAGACAGCAUGGAAUUGGAAGAUGAUGAGCCCACCUGUUACGAUGCCCGAGCCGGAGGUAGUACAUCCUACUGCACAGAUGAGGAUGACGGAUCCGAUGAUGACGAUGAUGCUACCACCAGCAGCAGUAUCAGGUGGUGCCAUGCUGAUCAGUUCUCCACCAACGCCGCCCUUGCUGCCGACAGGGAGGAACGGCAGAAAGCCAUGCUGAGAGCCAUGAACGGGCAGCUCAGGAUGCUCGCCGCUCGCUUUCUAGAGUCGGCUGGCAUUGGCAUUGACACCACCAGCAACAGCAACAGCUGCUGCUGGCUUGACAUCGUCACCUCCCUCUCCUGGGAAGCUGCCCUUGUGAUCAAGCCUGAUGUUGGCACUGCUGUAGGCAACCAAAUGGACCCUUCCUCUUACAUCAAGGUCAAGUGCCUAGCAUCUGGUACACCCCGCCAAUGUGAGGUCGUCAAGGGCUUAGUCUUCAGGAAGAAUGUGGCUCAUAAGCACAUGCCCAGCAAAUGUCGCAAUCCCAGGCUGCUGCUGCUUAGUGGAGUCCUCGGCCAUUCCCAUGUUGGCUUCUCAUCAUUCAGUUCCAUAGAGCAGGAGAAAGACCAUCUAGACAAGUCUGUCUGCAAAAUGAUGGAGAUUUGCCGCCCAGAUGUCAUCAUGGUCGAGAAAACGGUUUCACGCGACAUACAGGAGCUUCUUCUCAAGGAAGGUGUCACUCUAGUGCUUGACAUGAAGCUCAACCGGCUGCAGAGGAUUGCUCGCUGUUCUGGCGCUCCCAUACUCUCGUUUUCAGAGGUUCUCAGCAAGCCAAAGUUGAAGCAGUGUGACUACUUCCACAUUGAAAAAGUGACGGAGGAGCACAACCUUACCUGCAGCACUGGAGUUGGAAAGAGGCCAUCUAAAACAUUAAUGUUCCUGGAAGGCUUUCACAAGCCAUUGGGAUGCACGAUAUUGCUUAGGGGAGCAAAUACUGAAGAACUGAAGAAAAUCAAGCAAGUCAUGAACUACACAGUGUUUGCAGCAUACCGCCUCGUUCUUGAGACGUCCUUCUUCGAAGAUCAGAAACUAAUCUUGAACAAUAAGAAUUCUUCCAAAGAAGAAGUUUCUGUCACUAGGAGGGCGGGACCAUCGUCACUAGGAUCAGUACAGGAAUCUACUGAUGGGGUGCCAGUUACCAUUUCUUCUACAUAUUUCAAUGCUCUAAAUUCACUCGAGAAGAACUUCCCUAAUCAAGCACUCCCUUCUGAAGGACUAGUAUCAGCAGUCCCAGAAUCACCGAGAAGAUUCAUUGAUAUAUUCCGUUAUCAUAAUAUUUAUUUACCGGUCACUGCUUCUCAAGAGGCAACUGAUGAUCAGAUAGAAGACAGGCCUCAAUACAAUGAAGGCAUGGCAAGUAACGGUAUCCAUAUCAGCCCAAACGUUGGAGUACCAACUGGUUCUGGUGAGAAUGUGGAUCAUUUAAGCGACCCCCAGGAACAAGAAUCCUCUGAAACCAAUCAACAAAUGACAUUGGAUGGCCCUUCGGUUAGUGAAAAACAAGAGCAGUCAUUGGAAAAUAUUAAACACAGCACCAGUUACAAUAACGGAGACAAGACAUCUGAUAUAGAUGAGGUGGAUGAUGUCUUGGAGUCUCAGAGCAUACUUAUUUUGCUGUCCAGCCAGUGUAUCACAAAGCAGGUUAUCUGCGAGCAGAGCCGUCUAUCCCGUAUAAGAUACUACGGAAAUUUUGAUGUUUCCUUAGGACGCUAUUUGCAAGACAUUUUGCAGAAGCAGAAUCUCAGCUGUUCCUCAUGUGGAGAGCCUCCAGAGGCUCACAUGUAUUCCUACACUCACCGCAACGGGAAUCUGACUGUUCUUGUGAAGUGCUUGCUGCCUAAAUAUUGUUUACCUGGUGAAUCAGAAGGAAAGAUUUGGAUGUGGACUAGAUGUCUAAGAUGUGAACAUGAAAAUGGGAACUCCACAUCAUCACGAAGGGUGAUAAUGUCAACUGAAACACACUACCUUUCAUUUGGGAAGUUCCUUGAACUCAGUUUUCAAGCCACUCAACUGCUAGAAGGCUGUCAAUAUGCGGGCAUUCACUCAAUAGGGAUUGUCUGCGCUUUUUGGGUAAGCCUAAGAGUCAAGAACCUUAGAACAUCAGCUGCAUAUGAUUUCAUAAAUUAUUUUUCUUCCAUUGUAUAUUGGACUGAACCUUUUCUAUUCAUUUAUUUGGGAUCUGUGAACUUCAGGUUGGGCUCCAAAGUUGCAAUGUUCCAGUAUUCCUCAGUCGAAAUUUACAAUGCCUGCAAACCACAGCCUACUCUUGAGUUUCAUAAUCCCAAUAUGCAUGAGUGGUACGGGCAAGAGGUUCUUGCUACAGGAGUUACACUUUUCUCUGAAGUCACAAGCGUACUACAGAAGCUGAAGGAUCAGUUUCCUGAGCUAGCAAUCUAUCGUGGUGCCUUCUUUCCUGUUAAAAACUUUUCCCAACUUGAAGAGAUGUUGAUUAAAGAGAAGGCUGAGUUCAUGGAUUCUCUAGCAAAGGCUGUUGAUCGAAAUAGGGAAUCAAGCUCUGUGGAUGAUAUCCUUAAUGUAAAUUGGCUCUAUCAGGAUCUUCUGCUGGAACUUUAUGUGUGGGACCGCCGCCUGCAUCAAUUUGUAGACUGUACAUCUGCUGAAAAUGCAAUAGUGGGAAAUGGCAUCACGGAAACCUCUGAAUUUACAUGUGACCAAACUGCCGUAGUUGUUGAAGCAGGUGGGAUCGGUGAGCGCAUGAGCAGCAAAGCAUCAUUUGCGAAUAGAUGUAUCGAGCCAGAGAAGUUCAGUGAACCAGGGACGUACAGACAUGCAUCAACCUUGCUUGAUGAUGCAUGGAAUAAGCAUUACAAUGAUCAGCAUAGCACAAAAGUGCCAUCUUCCGGGGCCUCAAAUUGCUUGGGUGUUCAGAGCAAUAUUCCGCAACGGUGUGACGGGGAAAAAUGUGUUUGGAACCCACUGAAUGAGUCCAGAUUGGCUUACAGGCAGGAAGUGGAAGUUGGAUGUUUGGAAAGGUUUCAAGUCGUCAACCACUAUCGUCCAACUCAUUUAUCCCCCUUGCACAAACACAGACAAUCUGCCGAGGAGAUGGGCUCUCCACAGUUCACAGUCGGUCCAGGUGGCAGUAUCUUGUGUGUAUCAGAGGAUGAGAUAUCCAGUAUAAUAUCCCGAGCUCUUGCUAUAUCUGAGGAUCGUCGCCACUUAAUGAUGGAUGCUAUUGCUGAGACUGAACCAGCAGAUAUCAGGGGUAGAGAGUAUGCUAAAACAAUGGAGAAGUAUUACAGCUCCGUAUCUGAAAGUUCCUCUGCUUCUUUGUCCUGGUCGUCAUCUUUUGGAUCUUCAGAUUCUGAGGCAAGCAUUUCAUCUGACGACCUCUUCAGCUAUGAUAGCUCACUUCUAUCAACCUCUCUCCAUCCAGAAAUAUCUGUCAACGGGAGAAUAGUUCUCAAAGGGAAGUACUCAGUCAUCUGUGUACACUUUAACCAGUUCUACAACCUCCGAAGGAAAUGCUGCCCCUCAGAGCUUGCAUAUAUUACUUCCUUGAGCCGUUGCAAGAAGUGGGAUGCUCAAGGCGGAAAGAGCAAGGCAUUCUUUGCAAAAACAAUGGAUCACAGGCUCAUCAUAAAGCAAAUAAAGAAGGCAGAGUUUGAGUCCUUCAUAAAAUUUGCGCCUGAUUACUUCAAGCAUGUUAACCAUUCUCUGGACACGGGGAGCCAAACUUGCCUUGCCAAAAUCUUAGGAAUCUAUCAGGUCAAGCAAAUAAGACAUGGCAAGGAGAUUAAGAUGGAUCUGAUGGUGAUGGAAAACAUCCUGUUUGGACACAAUGUGUCACGGACAUAUGAUCUGAAAGGCGCCAUAUUUUCGCGAUAUGUCUCCGAUUCAAAUGACCAUGGCACCGUCUACUUGGACCAAAACUUUGUGGAUGACAUGCGUGUUUCUCCAAUCUAUAUUGGUGGAAGAGCAAAGCAUCUCUUGGAGCGGGCAAUCUGGAAUGAUACGUCUUUUUUCUCACGGUAUCAGUCGAUCAAUGUUAUGGACUACUCUUUGCUGGUUGGAGUGGACAGGCAGAAGCAUGAGCUCGUAUUCGGCAUCAUCGACUACCUGAGGCAGUAUACAUGGGACAAGCAGCUGGAGACAAUGGUGAAAGUGUCUCUGGUGGUGCCCAAGAAUGAAUCGCCAACGGUGAUUUCCCCCAGGGAUUACAAGAAGAGGUUCAGGAAGUUCAUGAGCAAGCACUUCCUGACAGUUCCAGAUGACUGGAGCACAGAGAAUCCGCCGUCGGUGGAUUGCAAGUCCUGUGCUCACGGUGGCAACACCACCAAGUUGUCGGGAGUGGUCGAUGAGAAGCCUCAGCAUCCAAGCCCAAUCCUGGCGUGCGCUUAA